AUGACCUUCCAGCUGCUGCUCUCUAUCCUCAACAAAGACUUCGCCUACAUCCUCUACACUGUGGCUACGGUGUCUGCCAAGUCCUCGUUCGACUACUACUGGCACGGCCCGCGCCUGCCCAGCUGGGACCUGCGUAUGCAGGUGACUCUAGACUUCACCAACGACGACGAAAUUGAGAACAUUGACAUCUACCAAAUGACGCAGACGAUGCGCGAGCGCGGACUCAAGAGCACGGCGUGGCCCAUCGACAAAGGUAUUUACCGAGCGCACACUAUCGACACCAAAGCUUUUGCUGGCGUGGGCGUCGGCGAAGAUGGGCUGGUGAGGCUGACGGAGGAGGACAGAGCAGCCGAGCAGCCUCGCACGAUUGGCUACGAGGUCGUGCUGGGAACUGCAGCUAUGAGUGCUCUGGAGCCAUAUGCAACCGAUGCCGACCGACUGUGCAGCAUCCAGCCGCUCACGCACCGCUCAUUCGCCGGCGAAGCUUCGCAGCAGGCGCAGAUGCGCGCGAUGACCAUUGACUAUCGCUUGACGCCUACCCAUCCAUUCCCAGCUCAGACGCACGAUACGCUUAUUGCGUAUCUGUAUCUGUUGCAGGAGGGAUUCAAGCCAGAGAACAUUAUUGUUGCUGGGGACAGCUCAGGAGCACACAUGUCAAUUAUUGCUGCGCCUGGCGCCCUGGUGUUGGUGUCACCCUGGACUGACCUGGUCAGCACGAAGCCCAGCAUGGAAUCGAACCGACUGCACGACUACCUUAUAAUCCAGCCGCUGGAAUCGUCACUCAACUAUGCGCGCAUGCUGUUUGCGCCUGGGAAGCCGCUGACUGACAAGAUGAGGCAGGAUAUGCAAGGGAUGCUGGUGGGCGGCGGCGAGCGACUUUUGGAUGACGUGAAGGCGCUGGCAGCCAAGAUUAACUCCCAGAACAGUGGCAAGCCUGGACCGGUUGCGCUGGAGAUCUACGACGAUAUGCCCCACGUGUUCCACGUCCUGUUUGGGUACCGCAAAGAGACGCGGGAUGCCUUCCAAAGUAUUGGCGAGUUUGCUAAGGGCAUCUAG